CGCAUCACCGGCGCAUCGAAGCGCUCACCGACUCAAGCCACGAUCGGGUUUGUUUCUGCGCUGCCUUUCAGCGCGGGGACGGCGGCGUUUGGCCCAAACCGGGGUUUUUAGCGGCGGAGGAUGAAGUCGGCGAUAGGAUCCGGGGCUCAAUUGGACCGAGCGGCGAGUCGGAUCCCCCGGCACUCAGCCCCCUUCUCCCCGCGCAGCCGCUCACUUCGGCCGCGCCCUCUUCCCUCUCCAAAAGCUGCCGCCUCGACGCAACUUUUGGGGAAAAGUUUGAGCCGAACUUUCUGCCGCGGUCCCUUCGUUCUCCCUCUCGGCCCGGCUUCCCAAUGCUCUCCCAAUACGGGCACCGCGCCUUGGGCGCGCUGAUGCUCUUGGGCACCGCUUCGGGCUUGGUGGCCGUGCUGGCCUCGAUGCUGCUUUUCCAGAUCCAAGGAGGCACCGACGGCAACCGCGACCUGCCCCAGCGGCUCCGCGCUCUCCUGCGCCCGAUCUCGGCCGGCCUGGCCUCGCUCGGCUUGGUGCUCAGCCUGAGCUGCCUGCUCCUGAGCCUCCUGCACGGCUACUGCGGCGCCGAGCGGUGCGCUGCCUCGGGGGGCGCGCUGGGCAGCGAGAGGUGCGUAUGCGAGGGUGUCCCUGCCUGCUCUCUUCUCCCAGGGAGCCCCGAAGCCACAGAAGGUCCCCUGUUCAAAACGAUCGGGGGUCUCGGAGGACCUGGGUCACAACACAGCGAUCUGUCUACUUUGCAGACAAAUAAUAAUAAUAUAUUGUUCUUAUGUCACAGAGGCGACUGGUUCCUGCUGGAGAGUCGAAAAGUGAGACAUGUAGCCGUUGGUGUGUUUUGCUGCGCUGUUUUAGCCUAUCUAGCAGCUUCGACGGAUGUUAACAGUGUUAUCUUCCCUCCAGCCCUCUCGAUCUACGUGACGAUGGCAUUUGAGAGAGAAACAGGAAUUACCUGCGCUUGUAUCCUCUCCUCUGGGAUCGUCGUUUUGAUUAUCACGGUGAUCCACGCGCUCGUCCGGGCUUCCAGGCAGAGCCCAGGAGAACUGUCACACAAUCUUUACGAGAACGACUCCGCCCAGAGCGUCGAAACGCCAGCCGUCGUUCCCCCUACUGAUGGUCCAAAGGUGGCCUCUUCGCACUCACAUCUGGAAAUCCACCCGGAGGUUUCAUACCUGUCCUACGUUGAACAGAAAUCCCACCAGACCACCCCAGCGAGUAGCACCAAUGUCACCUCCGUGGACAGCGUUGCACUGAACCUGGAGAAAGAGGGUUGUGGCAUCCCCAGAAUGCACCGGACACUUUCGGUAGAGUCCGGCCUUCUGCUGAGCCACGGGGUGAGGCAGGAAAUGAGGACAAUCCUGUCGCGCAAACCGGCGAGAUCAGGCAAAGAUUCGACCUUGGUGUGAAAUCUCAGAAAGCGGGUUGAUCCCGAUCCCCACAGAGAUCUCGUCCAACCUUCAGAUGACCCUUGCUUGGAAGGGACACUUACUAUCGCUUCUUUGCUUCACACACUUUCUCAUUCACUCAUAAGAAGUGGGGGGAAAACCCGUAUUUAGAUUCCUUUAAAGCAGGGGUCUCCAACCUU